CGUGGGAAGAGGCAGAACGGCGAUGUCCUCCCGACGUGUACCCUGCGUGCCACAACGCUGAAGAUUCUGUGACAGUUUCCGGCACUGCCGAAGCGGUAGAAAAAAUGGUCGAGCAGCUACAAGCCGAGAACGUAUUCGCCCGCAAGGUGGACAGCAUGGGAGUUGCUUUUCACACAAAGUACGUCCACCACAUCGGCCCUCUCUUCCGUAGCGCCCUUGAAAAGAUUAUACCUCAACCAAAGCCACGCAGCAAGCGCUGGAUCAGCACGUCGGCGCCUGAGAGCCGUUGGAAAGAACCUGGUGCACUGCAAUGCUCCGCCGAGUACCACACGAACAACUUCGUAAACCCAGUGCUGUUCUGCGAGGCUCUGAAACAUGUGCCCAAGGACGCUAUCUUGCUGGAGAUAGGACCACAUUGCCUCCUGCAAGUGAACGUGUGCCCGGGCAACGAAGUCCGACGCUAUACAAGCAAUGCACGCUCCACAUCGAUAGCCGUCAACGAAGCAUCGGCCGUCAAUGAUCUGAACUGUGGUGAGGCGAUCCUGCGAAGAGCUGUAGGCCCUGAUGCCAGCUGCGCGGGCCUCAUGAAGCGCCAUGUGGACAAUGUGGAAUAUUUUCUGCACUCGUUGGGUAAACUUCAUACCCUUGGAGUGGAGAUGGACUUGUCAGUGCUAUACCCUCCAGUUCCGUGGCCCUUGCCCCGCGGUACCCCAAACAUUGGCCACUUGGUCGGCUGGGACCAUUCUCAGAGCUGGGAUGUUGCACACUGGAAGGACUUUCCUUCGCCUGAACAGGCCAAGGAGGAUGUCUUGAAAGUCGACCUAGAAGCCACAGCAAGGACAAGUACCUCGCUGGUCAUCAGCUAG